AAAGCAUACGGUAACCACGACGGCAGAAAACUAAGGGUAAGUAAGUACAUAGAUAUCUUCUUCGAUAAAUACGACUAGACGUAGAGUGGUACAAUACUAACAACCGAUCCCAUUUCUCUUCAUCCCAAGAAAGAACGACCAUGUCCGCGGCCCCGACCCGGUACCGCGUGGGCUUCAUCGGCCUGCUCACGUUCUGCAACACCUGUCUGUACCUGGCGCGGGCGAAUAUGAGCAUGGCUGUGGUUUUAUCAAAUGUAAAAAUGUCUGGGUCUGGAAACUUGUGAUGCUGGGUGGCGUCUCAUGAUGAGGCCACGAAUGCUGGCUCAGCAUGACAAGUUUCUGGACUUCUAGGUGUUGCCUAUUCUGCAUGACAAACUGCGUUCCUGCAUCACAGAAAAGUUGAGCUCUUGGGUAACGUGCAUGACAGAUUUCAGAGUCAUGCCAGACAAGCAUGACAAACAUGCAUUCUUCCAGACCCAGACAUUUUUGCAUUCGAUAGGUUUUUAUGUACACCCCCGGGUCCACGGCCGCGUCCGCGGUGCUGGCCGGGUUUUUCUUCGGCUACCCGGCGCUGCAGAUGUUCGCGGGCUCGCUGGCCGCCCGGUACGGCCCGAAACGGCUGCUGUGCUGGGCGGUGUUCCUCUGGUCUCUGGUGUCCAUGCUGAUCAUCCCCCUGUACCACCUGGACGGACAACGCGGGGACGAAACGCAUUUCCCCCUCGGCGUUUUCCUAGCGCGGGUUUUCAUCGGCAUCUGCGAGGGCAUGAAUUUCCCCGCGCAGACGGCGCUGAUCUCCAGCUGGGUGCCGCAGCAGGAACGGUCUCGCGCGUGGGCCUGGAGCUUCGCGGGCGAGCCGAUCGGGAACAUCCUCGCCAUGCUGGUCUGUCCCCUGCUGGCGACCGCGCUCGGCUGGCAGUCCAUCUUCUACUUCUCCGCGGUGCUGGGGCUCGUGUGGCUGCGGUUUUUCACGUUUUUCGCCAGUGACACGGUGCGGUCGCGCGCCGGCUGGCUCGCACGCAACAUGUCCGAGGCGGAGAAACAGUGGGUACUGCAGCAGAACUUCUCGGAACAAACUACGACGUCGGGCACGACAGGGAGGGAAUUGGUCCCCAAGGCCGCGACCGCACUUAUUGACGCGGACGCCACAAGUUCGGUGGACUCGGGAAGCACGCGAGACAGCACGACGACCCCAGCGGUGAGGGGGAACUUUGGAAGUGAGGGCGGAUUUCUCGGAGAUGCAGGUGAUAUGAUCAUUACCACCACGACGACAGCGACUGGUACGAAUCUUCGCCAGCCUCCGGUUCCGUGGAAAAAAAUUCUGACAAAUGUUCCCUUCAUCGUGAACUGGUUCGCGCUACCAAAUGCAAAAGUGUCUGGGUCUGGAAGAAUGCAGACUUGUCAUGCAUAUUUUCCAUGCCCCAUGAGGUCUGGAAUGCAGGGCCUAGCAUGACAGAUUCUGCGACGUCUCUAUCCUGCUUAUCCUGCAUGAGAAACUCCCGCUCGUGUUGGUCAAAAAAAGAGAUCUUUUGGUGAUCACGCAACGCAGAUUUUUGUGUAACCCACAGGGCGCAUCACAAGUUCCAUCCUCCCAGACCCAGACAUUUUUGCAUUUGAUACGCGCACACCUGCUACAACUGGGGCUGGUACCUCGUCAUCAGCGUGAUGCCCUCGUUCUACGAGGAGCGGUUUCACGUGCCCUACGCACAACUGGGGUUCCUCAGCGUGGCACCGUACAUCGCGCUCAUCCUCUGCACCGGGCCGAUCGGCUUUCUCGCGGACUACUGCGUCAGCUCCCGCCUGCUUACCUGCACGGCGGUGCGCCGAAUUUUAUGAGAGUGCACAACACCGCCCUUCUGUCUUCCUCAUUUGUCAUGCAAAAUAGCAAGUCCGGUCUCUGCCUCUUGGCACUGUUUGCAUGACAAGUUCUGGCAGCCCAAAUAGCACUGCAAUCCUGUGCAGAUUUGGCAUGGAAAAACUGCAUUCCUGCAGACGCUUGUAUUGCUGCUCAUGCAGUACAAAUGAGGGUGAGGGGGAGUUUUGCACUCCGAUACAUUUGGACCGCGAUCGCGAACGGCGGCUGCAGUGUUUGCUUCGUCGUGUUGGCGCUCUUGUCCGCGACUUCGCCUGAACUACGGACGACCAGUGUAACGACGAACGUAGCUGGAAUUUCGACGAGAAUACGACCGCUUGAAACUACUACGGCUGCUGAGAUUACCGACCGUGUCAACAUCAAAAGUGUGCCUUCAUUGUUGAGCAGCACAGCUGAUGUUCAUCUUGAUCCUCAUUCAAUACCGCCCUCUGCGAGCGCGGCUGCUGCCCCGACAGUUUCAACAUCGUGGAGGCUGGGGGAGACAGCAGGAGUAGAAACAAGGGGCCGCGAAAACAACGUCGAAAGUUGGUUCCUGAAGAAAGAAGUUCAGAAGAAAGAAGAACAGGAAAUAACGGACGAGACGCAAGAAGUGCUGCCGCACUGGGGACCCGCAAGUCGAGGAACCGCUACAACCAGUUCUACAGUAAACUCACAAUCUAAAAGCACGGAAUCGAUCACGAAAAAAAUCGUACCGCACUCAGAAGCAGACGCAGACGUCGACGAGAACAAAACGCAAGACCAGUUUGGGGUCGCCUUCACGGCUCUGCACUGCUGCGUGCUGAUUUGUCUAAUGACCGCGUUGGGCGCCUUCACUUUCCCGGGCUUUAUUGCCGGCUACACGGACCUGUCCCCGAAUCAGUACGACGCGCACUUGAUGUCGAUUGGAAACGCGAUCGCGGCCACCAGCGGGGUGUUUGGCAACUGGAGCGUCGCACUGUUGGACAACAACUUUUACACCAUUUUUCUCCUGUCCGCCGCCGUGCAGUGGGUCGGACUGCUGCCCUACGUCUGUUUUGCCCAGGGAAAGGACCAGCGGUUCUGAAAAGUGAUGUGCGACAGCCAGUACUAGACGACCAGGAGCGACGCUGUAUUUUCGCACACAUGGAACGAAAUCGACAGUGUUUGUCUGGCGUUUGUUGACGCAGGGAAAAACAUAGAAUCUCGGACAAAAAAAAAGAUCAUACUGA